CCAGAGUGAGUUUGUUUCAAUGUUUUCUGAUUCUCGACCAUGGGAUUCUUGGUGCUCUCUCUACUUUUGUUGGGGACCCUGGUCCUUACUGAGAUAAGGGCUGGCUCUCACUCUCUGAAGUAUUUCUACACCGCGGCAUCCCAGCCCGGGCUAGCCGAACCGAAGUUCACAGCUGUAGUCUACGUGGAUGAUCAGCAGGUCUUGAGCUUCGACAGUGACAGCCGGAGCCAGAACAUGGAGGCCAGAACUCCGUGGAUCGAACAGGAGAUGUCCGAUUACUGGGAGCUGGAGACGCGGUUUUCCAGGGAAGCCACGCUGCGUUACCGAAUGUGCCUGCAGAAGGUACCAGUAUACUACAACCACAGCGAGGGAGGGGUUCACACAUACCAGCGUCAGUCAGGCUGUGAAGUGUUCUCCAACGGGAGCUUCAGCCGUGGCUUCGUGCAAUACGGGUUCGAUGGACGUGACUACCUAACACUGGACACUGGGACGCUGCGCUGGAUCGCUGCAGAUGUCGGAGCUCUGAACAAUAAGCGCAAGUGGGAAGCAAAUCAAGGAAUUGCGGAAUAUUGGAAGAUCUAUCUGGAGGAGGAGUGCGUGCACACGCUUCAAAGACACUUGGAAAAUGGAAAGGAGAGGCUACUUAGGGCAGACCCGCCCUCUGCUCGAGUGACCCGACACACAAGUUCUGACGGGGAGGUAACCCUAAAAUGUAGAGCACAGGACUUUUACCCUGCGGAGAUCUCACUGGUUUGGCUGAGGGAGGGAGAAGAACAGCUCCAGGACACGGAGUUCAUUGAGACCAGACCUGCGGGAGAUGGCACCUUCCAGAAGUGGGCAGCUGUGGAGAUGCUCUCUGGAAGUGAGCAUAAAUACACCUGCCGAGUGCAGCAUGAGGGCCUGCCUGAGCCACUUUUCCUGAAAUGGGAGUCACAGUUCUCAUCCAUAGGACUCUCUGCAGGAGUCAUCACUAUUCUCCUCCUCCUAGCUGCAGUCAUUAUCGGAGUUGUGGUCUGGAGGAAAAAUACUUCAGAUAGCAAAAGAGGAAGCUAUACUGCAACUGCAAGUAAUGACAGUGCCCAGGGAUCAGAUGUCUCUUUUACCGCAAGAACCUAAUGGAGUUACCCUGUAUGGGACAGAGAGACAACCACGGGCACUUGCUUCUCCAUUUCAUUUUUAUUUCCCUAUUCCCAGCUUCUCUCCCUGUAUAAACCUUUGUGAUCAAACCCAUACCCACCAGUCAAACCUUAUAAUAGGGAACAUUGGCCCUCUCAGUGUAUUAUUUUCUACCUCUCCUGCUCCUUCCACCCGCUCUCUUUCUAUACUACCUACCAGACUUUGGAGGAAAGAAAUUAGAGUGAGAGCAGUAAGAUUAUAUAGACUUCUCUGUCCUCCCCAGCAAUGAACUUGUCUUUUUCCUGAUGUUUGCUUUAUGAGUAGAAAGAUAUACUGAGUAAUUUUUCUUGAUAGCUCAAUUCCCAUUCCUCCCCAUCCCAAUUUCAUGGAAUUGUGCAUAAUACAUAAUAUAUAAUACAUAAUACAAGAAAAGGAAAAGAAAAUAAAGAUUUUAAGAUUUUUAAGAAUUAUAUUAUUGGCAGGGUUGAUUCCAUGGUUGCAGAUGGGAGUCUUGGUUAGGGUGGAGGGAAAGACUGAAGUAGAGGACAAUGUCUUUUUAUAAUAACUACUCAAAUAUUUUGUUUUUAUUUUGUUUCUCCCCUAUACUGUAUGUUCUGUUAGUCUGCAUAUGUUGUAAAACUGACAUUUUCCAGGAAGUCAGAAAGACCCUACGUUACUGUAACCAGAGAGUUACAAGCUGAUAAAGUUAUAACCAGAAAAACCUCAGGGGCUAUGUAGUCAGAUCUUUUUAUUUCAUUUAGUUGGCUAGGUGGUAUAGUGGGCUUGGAGCCAGGAGAACCUGGAUUUGAGAUGCCAGCUCUGAUAAUGUCUAUUUGCAUGACUCUAGGUAAUUCACCUAGCCUCUCUGGGCCUUAAGUUCAUCAUUGGUAAAAUAGGCAUGCCAAUAGCACCCACCUUACAGGGUUAUUGUGAGGAUCAAAUAAGAUAAUAUCACAUAUGCAGGUUCUUUCCAAACCUUAGUUCGGUUGUUCAGUCAUUUUUCAGUCAGAUCUGACUCUGUGACUACAUUUGGGGUUUUCUUAGCAAAGAGAUUUGAGUGGUUUACCAUUUCCUUCACAGGUGAGAAAACUGAGGACAAUAGGGUUAAGUGAAUUGCCUGAGGUCACAGAGGUAGUAAAUACCUGAGGCUAGAUUUGAACUCAGGAAGAAAGUGAAUCUUUUUGACUCUAAGUUCAGCAUCUUAUCCACUGUACCACCUGACUAUCUAGGAUAUCCCAGUGAUUUUCCUAACUCACUACCCACCCAUCCAACACAUACAUGGGACCAUGUGGGGAUGCCAAGAAUGUUUCUCCUCAUCAUAAAAACCUCAUGGGUUAGCAUGUAGUGAUAGACCUGGGGUAUGGGGAUAGAAGAUGAAAAACAAAGAACCUGGAGUCUUGACUAAUAACCUGACAGAGUAAGUGCUAUACCACUCUUCUCAUUUUCUAUCAUUUUCCUCCUGGUUUAUAGGUUGAAGGAUAAAUAUUUUGCUUUCAAAUAGUCUCAGUAUCUCUGAUGAAAAGUUACUUCACAUUCUCCCUAACCAGAGCAACUGCUAUGUUCCAAAUCCCUAAACCUGUAGUACGUAAUGCAUAUAUAUAAUAUGUAUACAACAUAUGGAUAUUUGAUAUAUAAUAUGCAUAUAUAUGAUAUAUGAAUAUCUAUAAUAUAUCUCUUCAUCCUACUCUUCUAAUACAAGGUCCAACCACUUUACCAAUCCUGUCAGUACUAUCUUCAAACAAUAUUUUAGGAAAAGACAUAUUGAUAUUAUACCAAACAACAACUCACAAGAAGAAACUUAAAGAUAAGCAAAGUUGCCUCUGAGUCAAAAUCUGAGAACCCUACUAUAGGCAUACAUUCCAAUAAAAGUAAAUACUAGUCCUACUUU